ACCUGCUGCUGUGGAUCCGCCUCACAGAACAGAGCGAGUAACCCGGAGGACCUGAGGAGGACCUGAGGAGGACCUGAGGAGGACCUGAGGAGGACCUGAGGAGGACCUGAGGAGGACCUGAGGAGGACCUGAAGAGGACCUGAAGAGGACCUGAGGAGGACCUGAAGAUGAAGCUGAGGGUGAAGAUGGAGCUGCUGAAGUUCUGCUCUGCGGUUCUGAACAGCAUCUUCCUGGCCCUGGGCCUGAGUGUCGCUGGCUGUGGCAUCUGGAUCCGGUUUGGUGAGUCCAGCUUCCUGGGUGUCCUCUCAUCUGGCGAGCUGCAGGCAGUGGCGGUGGUGCUGCUCGUCAUCGGGGUGGUGGUGGCGGCGCUCAGCGUGGUCGGAUGUGCCGGCUCCAGCUGUGAGAACAGGACGCUGCUCAUGGUGUACAUGUUCUUCCUCUUCAUCCUCGUCCUGGGACAGCUGUUUGUCAUCCUGCUGCUGCUGAUCAACAGAGACAAGAUCCAGAGCAACCUGGAGGACGCCGUGUACCAAACCGUGGUCCACUACGGAAACGGCAGCAGUGGCUACCAGGACCGGCUGAUGGACGACGUCCAGCACUACGGGAAGUGCUGCGGCCUGGACGGUCCUGAAGACUGGCUGGACAACGUCCUGAACCAGAACAGCUCCAUGGGGGGGGACGUUCUGCCGUGUUCCUGUUUCAGAUCGUCUCAGAACGCCGACUCGAUCUGGUGCUCCGAGCAGGUCAACGUCACCGAGCCGCCGAUCGGACAGGAAAACGAGACGGUCCACCAGGCCAGAAACAGAAACGACACGUUCCACCAGGGCUGCCGGCAGCAGCUCAGUGAUUGGCUGCAGGAGAACAGCGUGACCGUGGUCAGCAUGGCCGCCGGCCUCAUGGUCAUCCAGGUGCUCCAACUCGUGGUCGCCGGCUUCCUGCACCAGUCGCUCGGACUGAAAGUCCUUCCCGAGAGCAGCGCCGCCCUGGUGGACAACUCCGCCCCCGACGAACCGCACCACGGAGAGGACAACGCCGCCUACGCGGGGUGGGACGGAGAGGGCGGGAGACAGGCUCAGGACUACCGGGACUACCAGCAGCUGCCUGGGGGACGGGAGUCAGAGUGA